GAAACACCCAAAAACGCAGAGAGAGAGAGAGAGAGAGAGAGAGAGAGAGAGAGAGAGAGGGAUUGAGUGAAUGGAGAAUCAAAACGAGACGAGUGGUGAUGUUGCAGAGGCCAACAGGCCCGUGCGUGUUUACGCUGAUGGAAUUUACGAUCUCUUCCACUUCGGUCAUGCUCGCUCCCUUGAGCAGGCCAAGAAAGUGUUACCGAAUACCUACUUACUUGUUGGGUGCUGCAAUGAUGAGAUCACUCACAAGUACAAAGGCAAAACUGUCAUGACCGAAUCCGAGCGAUAUGAAUCUCUUCGCCAUUGCAGAUGGGUGGAUGAAGUUAUUCCUGAUGCCCCCUGGGUGAUAACAAAAGAGUUCCUUGACAAGCAUGAAAUUGAUUAUGUGGCCCACGAUUCUCUUCCUUAUGCUGAUGCAAGUGGAGCUGGAAAGGAUGUCUACGAAUUUGUUAAAUCCAUUGGCAAGUUUAAGGAAACCAAGCGGACCGAGGGGAUCUCUACAUCAGACAUUAUAAUGAGGAUCCUCAAAGAUUAUAACCAGUAUGUGAUGCGAAACUUGGCUCGUGGAUAUUCAAGGAAGGAACUGGGAGUUAGUUAUGUGAAGGAGAAGCGGCUGAGAGUGAAUAUGGGUUUAAGGAAACUACAGGAGACAGUGAAGCAACAACAAGAAAAAGUUGGUGAAAAGAUACAAACUGUGGCAAAAACUGCUGGAAUGAAUCAUACUAUGUGGGUGGAGAAUGCAGAUCGCUGGGUUGCUGGUUUCCUCGAGAUGUUCGAGGAAGGUUGCCACAAAAUGGGAACUGCCAUCAGAGACCGUAUUCAAGAGCGAUUGAAAGGACAGCAGGCAAGGGGGCUCAUGUAUCUGCCACAUGACGGUAAAGAUGAUGAGGAUGAGUAUGAGUAUGAAGAGUACUAUGACGAUGAUGAUACUGGAGAAGACGAAGAAGAAGAAUACUACGAUGAAGACGAUGAAAAAGAAGACAAAAAGUAG